AUGUAUAUGAAUUAUGAUCCAAUAGCUUUCACUAUUGAGGGAUUUCAAAGUUGGAAGAAAGUAAGAGAUGGAAAGGGUUGUGCUUUUUUGAGUCAUAUGGGUAAAGAUUCUGACUCUUUUCAUAAGAAUGCUACAAUCGUCUACGAGUCAAAACUUCAAUUGAAGCAGUUCGAUGGCUUGCAUUUCAAGGUUGUGCUUUUAGAGGUCAUGAUGAAAGCGUUGAUUCAAUCAAUCCUGGCAUUUUUAGUAAGAGUAAAGAAGGCCAUUCGGGAAGAAAUUAAUGAUUCAAAAUUUUGCAUAAUUGUUGAUGAAGCUCGUGAUGAGUCAAAGAAAGAGCAAAUGGCUAUAGUAUUGAGAUUUGUUGACAAAGAUGGUUUUAUUCGGGAGCGUUUUUUUGGACUUGUUCAUGUGUCAGACACCAAGGCAUCGACAUUGCAAAAGGGAAUAUAUUCAGUGUUAUCAAAUCACAAUUUAGAUAUCCAAAAUAUUCGAGGCCAAGGAUACGUGGUGCAAGUAAUAUGCGAGGUUCUUAUGAACAUAAUUGAUGAAGGGAAGAGUCUUCAAGCAGGAGAUGCAGAUUCAGCUUAUGAGUCAAUGACAUCCUAUCAAUUUGUCUUCAUCUUACAUCUCAUGGAAGAACUUAUGGAGAAUACUAAUGAACUUUGUCUAGCUCUGCAAAGUCAAUCUCAAGACAUUUUGAAUUCCAUGAGUCUUUCCUCUACUAAAGCAUUCAUUCAAAAGUUGAGAGAUGAUGGAUGUGAUACUUUAUUUGCCAAGGUAAAUUCUUUUUGUGAGGCAUGUAACAUAGAUAUCCCAGAUAUGAAUGCUCGUUAUGUUGGAAGAGGAGGUCGAGCUCGUCACCAACAAGAUGACUGGGCGGUUCAACAUUAUUACCAGGUAGAUAUAUUUUAUGCUGCCAUAGAUUCUCAAUUGCAAGAAUUAAAUAACCGGUUUAAUGAGCAUGCUGUAGAGCUACUUAUUCUUAGUUCAGCUUUGGAUCCUAGUGAAAUAAGCAAGUGUUUCAAGAUUGAUGCCAUAUGUCAGUUGGUAGAAAAAUUCUAUCCACAUGACUUUGCAGAUCAUGAGAAGCUGCAACUCAAGAAACAACUUGAAUUUUUUGAGUAUGAUGUGGUUAAAGAUCAAGAGUUCAAAAGUAUUUCAACUAUUUCUGAUUUAUCUCAGUGGUUAGUAAGAACUAAAAGAUCAACAAGGUAUCCACUUGUUUAUAGAGUGAUUGUGCUUGUGCUUACUCUUCCAGUGUCUACAACAACUACAGAGCGAUCAUUUUAUGCUAUGCGUAUAGUCAAAACAAGGCUUUGUAACUGA